AAUUAUAAAAAAAGAAAUCAACCUUCGGCAAAAAAAAGGCGACCUAAUGGCAUCCACGCCGCCACAUGAUUUGAUCGGAAAUUUCGACGGCAAGCAAGGUUCUGAUGGAGAUGGAGAUGGAGAUGGAGUUGAUAGGGGAACAGAAAAGGAUGAGAAUGAGCGUCUUCUGGAGUCAUUGAUGGCGGAAGGUGGAGAUGCAAGUGAUGUGUGUGCUGCGGUUAGGGUUAAUCUUGAAGGGGAAAACAUGAGUGAGGCGGACAUUCCGGUGAAUCUCUCAUAGUAUCGGAUAGUCAAUGGAAAGAGGAAUUUUUUCCAAAAGAGACUGUCCCAGAUCGAGAAAUCGAGAAGGAGAAGAUCUCUUACGCGGAGAUUGUGAACGAUGGAUUCUCUCCUAAACCCAACCCGGAGUUUAAGGUAGUUGAUGGUGUAGAUGAUAUUGAGAUCCCGGUGGAGGUUUUGAGGAUGUCGAGCCGCUUUGGAAGAGUUUUGUGGUUGGUUACUUCAUGGGUGAUUCCCCUUUCAUUGGGUCAAUUCACUCUACUUUUAAUCGGAUCUGGAGCCCUCCAAAGUCAAAGAUUGAUGUGCAGUUCAUUAGCAAGAGGACUAUUUUAUUCAGGAUUGAGGAUGUACAGAUGAGGAAGCAGUUCUUGCGGAGGAAGUAUUGGCAUAUUGCUGAUGCUCCAAUGGUUGUUAGUGAGUGGAAUCCGGCAACUGCUCAGGAUCCACCUGAUCUUACUGCUUUACCUCUGUGGGUGGAUUUGGUGAAUGUUCCUGGCUAUCUCUAUUUGCUGGAGAGCCUUCGCUUCCCAUCUCGUACUACGGGAAAUUUGUUAAGCGUCAUCCAAAUACUGAGAGGUGUGUGCAUAUGGAUGUGGCAAGGGUGCUGGUGGAGGAUUGUACUAAGGUAAAACAGUAUACUAUCCUUCGAAGGGACCAAGUUGUGGAGAAGCAGUCUAGUGCAUCUGAUUCGGAUAGACAGCUAGGAAAUUAUGGAUCUGAUGUCUCUGGAAAGGGUAAAGAAGUGGUCCUCAAAUUGAUAGAUGAUUUGGAAAGGGUUGAAGUGAAUACGCAGAUUCAGCAUGUGGCAGAUAAUCAGGGUCUGGUGUAUAGGAAAAGAUACUUUUUCAUUGAAUAAUGACUUUGUACAUUGGUGUUUUAUAUAUAUACACCGUAGGAGGUUAUGAGAAUAUAUACAAGAAGAUAUGAUUUAGAUAAAAUAUUAAUUGUGAAGAUAUGUAUAUGUUCUAUACGCCCCCUCAAGAUAGAUGGCAAGAGGAGAGUCCUAUCUUGUCCAAAUGCGAAGCAAGCAACAUACGAGAGACUGAUUUAGUAAGUGCAUAUGCAAGCUGAUCUUUGGAUGACACAUGAGCAACACGCACUACAAGAAUUAUUGAAAAUAGCUAAGGACUGGCGAAGAAAUUUCCGUAACCAUAAUUAUUAGCAAUGAAAGUUGGGAUGGAUAGCGAUGAAACAAAUAAAU